AUGUCAUUGAUGAACGGGACCCAUGGUCCACUCAUCCCUACGAACAAUGUCCAGUGGAUGCAGAUCCAGAAGGAUACGUUUACUAACUGGGUAAAUGAACAGCUUAAGUCUAAAGGUUCUGAAGUUCGAGAUCUCAGGACCGAUUUCGCGGAUGGUGUUAAACUUGUAACCCUAAUAGAGGCUCUUAAGAGACAGAAACUUCCAGGCACCGUCUCAAAGCCGACUAAUCAGUACGAGAAACUACAAAAUAUCACUGUAGCCCUGGAUGGCAUCGCCGCUGAUAACGUGCGCAUCAUCAACAUAGAUAGUAAGGAGAUUCUAGAGGGUAACACCAAGCUUAUUCUUGCUCUGAUAUGGCAGCUUGUUAGUCGGUAUCAAAUCGGCUUGUCCAACAUUCAGCACCGGAACUGGAUGUUGGCAUGGUUACAAGCAGUUCUUCCGGAAUGUAAUAUUACAAAUUUUACUUCCGACUGGAUGGAUGGAAGCGCCCUCUUUGCCCUUUUGGACUUCUGCGUACCUGGAUUAUAUCCCACAUGGAGAUCAUGUGACAAGUCGGACAGGGAAAAUAAUUGCAGGCAAGCAACUAAGCUUGCUAGACAACAGUUCGGAAUACCUCUAAUUCUCCGUCCAGAAUACAUGGCGAGUUAUGAGCUUGAUGAAAUGUCGGCUAUAACAUACUUGUCAUACUUUAUGAAGGUCGGGGCCCCUGGAUACAACGCAUGUUUACAGAGGCUGCAGCCACUGGUCCGCAACACAACUGUUUUUAAUUUCACCACGGAUUGGAAUGACGGUCGUGUUCUCUGUGAACUCGUCACAAAUCUAGGAGCCAACAUUCCUAGCUGGCCGGAGGGAACUGCCUCUAAUAUAGAUCUGUUACAACAAGGUAUUAACGGCGGUAAAAGUCUAAAUGUGGAACCAGUGGUGCCGGCUGCCGAUAUGGCAGAGGAAGAGACAGAACACCUCGGUAUCAUGGCCUACGCUGCACGGUUUCUGUACCUGAACCCUGUCGCUGACAAACUUUUUGGUGACGCCGUUAAACUGAGACAACAGAUUGUCGUUCUUGAGAAACGCCCCUCUUUACGACAAAUGUACCCCAUACCACUUCCGCCUUUGCCCUCUGAAAAACGCAAUUCUAAGCGUGUAGUCGACAAGGAGACUCCGACCAAGGUCGUUUACUCACGUGACAUGGAGCCGGUUAUCCGUACAUACACUAUCAACCCAGAACCCGAACACAAAGUAUAUACCAUAGACCCUCAACCUGUCAAGGCUCUAUAUGCCAACCCCAAGCAGACAGUCACGGUCCGGCACCACAGACAACGUGACCCAGACCCUUCUUACCGCGUAGUGCCUUCUCGACCACAUCAGAUAACUAAAAGCGAUGAGAACAGAAUUUACAGUUUAAUGAACGCCACCGCAGGGGACAAACCCGAGAAGACCUUCAACUUUGUCCGGAGACCAUCAAUUCGUGCAGCUACAAAACGUGAAGUUCUAGCUGACAAUGGUGUCACGAUAGAGACGUUUUCAGUUGGAGUAAUCAUCACAGAGAAAAACCACGAUAUAGUCAGUAAGGACGAAGUCCGCGUGGAGGCGACUUCACCAACAGGGCGUGUCAUCAAGAUGACUGGAGACGGAUACUACAACGCCCACUUCUCUGCCGAUGAAAUUGGUAAAUGGCACCUAAAGAUAUUUAUCAACGACAUGAUGGUUAACUCGUGUCCAAUGGAUGUCACUGACCCCUCGCAGGUCAAGGUCACUGGUAUAAAGCAGGGCAUUGUUGGUAGACCACAAACAUUUAAAGUGGAUUGUCGGAAAGCUGGAUCGGGAGAAGUGGAGGUCCAGAUCGCAAAUAAACGUGGUGACGUGCCCUGUUACAUCUCCCGUACAGAUACUAAUGUGUUCGAAGCAAAAUACACUCCACUGUAUGAAGGUAUCCACAGAGUGAAGGUCAGCUUCAACUCCGCAGAAAUCCGGGAAGCCGACUUCGUCAUCGGAGAAGGAAGUGAUGGGAUGCACAGACGUGCCGUGUUUGAAACAGAAAUUACAGAAGACGAGGGUGGAUUUACAAAGACUGUGAGGAUCGCAUGUGAUUGGCAAAUAGAUUACGUUACUGGAGGACCAAUUGAGGUAAAAAUAUCGGAUACAUGUGACGUUAAAGUAUACAGCAUGAAAGACGGUACUGUGUGUGCAUCGCCUCAUCUCAUAGCUGACUGUACCGAUGCCCCUAACGGACGACUCGAGGCGGACGUGCUUCACAACGGAUUCAGAUUUCCUGCAGAAAUCAAGGAGGAAAAACCAGAUGUGUUUAGGAUAAUGUUCCGACCACGUGGUCCGGGACUAUAUAAAGUUUUCGUGGUGUAUGACGGCGUUAAUGUCAAAGGGUCCCCCUUCAUACAGGAGAUAGACGAACUGACGUCACCCAAAGCGACUGGCGAAGGGCUGAUCAAAGGAGUGAAGGACUCUCCAGCGAAAUUUAAUGUAGAUGCCCGAGGAUUUCCGGGAGAUUUAUCUGUGAUCAUAACAGGUCCUAACCAUCCGGUACAGUGUGCGACAACACCAGAAGAGGACGGAACUCACACUGUGGUAUACCAUCCGUCAGAUGUGGGAGUCCAUCGCAUCAACAUUCGACUGGACGGAAAGGAGAUUGAUAACAGUCCCUUUAAACCUCGGAUAGUGUGCCCUUCACGUGUGCACGUGUCUGGUGGCUGGCGCCCCCUGGUGGACGACAGAGAACGGAUACCUUUGGUUGUCAAUAAAGAGAAGCAAAUACCAUUUGACGCUAGCGAGGCUGGCCCAGGGGAACUUGUAGCAGAAAUACAUGGCCCAAGCUUUAAGGUCCCCAACGCCAUAGAUUCAAGAGGAUCCGGAAAGCAUAUUCUUGUCUUCACUCCAAAGGAGGAAGGCACACAUUACAUUGAUGUGCGAUGGAGUGGCCACGCAUUGCCAAACACCCCUUAUGUUGGGUUUGCUAGGCGCCAGCCGGAGGGCGUCACCGAUGAACAACCCUCUUUCCAAUCCAUUAUCCUUCUUAAAAAUCCAGAUGGCUCUAGUAACGACAGCGAUUCCUCCGACAACAUCGAUCCCCGAAAGAAGAAGAAGCGUUCAGUCCGUAAAAUUCCAAGUUACACUAGUUCCGACUCCAAUCGUAGACCUCCUAGAAUAACUGUUUUACGUCAUAGAUCUGAUGUCGGCUAUCCUCCCAACCCACGAGUACGUGUCCUUAAACACCAACCUAGCCUACGGUCUAGUACAACGGUGACUGACGAUGAGUCGGGUCAUGGAGGGCCUCGCAUAUCUGCAGUGUAUGUCCCAACAAGUCCGAGUCUUAGCUCACGCUCCUCUCGCCCGCCAUCAUACAAAGUUGAUGAAACUGACAAAAACGAUUCAACAUUACCGUACAUUUCUCCAAAAGUGAUUCUCACUGGCCCUGGGCUUAAAGAAGCCUGGGUAGGAAAACCUACUGUGUUCUACAUUGACGGAACUAAAGCCCCUAAAGGAUCCCCAGAUGUACACCUGAGUAGUGUAAACGAUGAAAUACACAUGGAUCCCACUCCUACAGGACCCCAGUACUACACCUGUUUUUAUACACCAAAGGAACCUGGAGCUUAUCUUCUGAAUAUUAACUGGAAUAAACAUCCUCUGAAAUGCUGCCCGCUCAAGGUGAACGUUCACAAGAAACCCGAACACCGACCGCCAAGCACACGUACCAGCGUGACUGAUAAUGAUAACUUAAACAAAGACACCCCACAAAUAGACCCCGUGCCAGUUCGAGAGGGAGUCGUCGGCAAACCUAUCCUCGUCAGCAUCGAUACUGCUAAACUAGAGCCGGGUGAGCUACGAGUGAAUUGUACCGGACCUAAUGGUGAGGUAGUACCGGUGGUAUCGACACCACAAACUGAUGGCACUUUAACAGUCCAACUUCGACCAGUCGGGCCUGGCAGACAUAUACUUAACGUCCGACUCAACGAUAAGCAUAUAUUCGACAGUCCGUAUGCUAUUGACAUUCGCCUGAACCCUAACAUUGGCACUGUAGACGUAUACGGACCGGGUAUUUCUAAUGGAAUCCUGCCACAGUUCGAGGGCCAGUUCUGGGUGGAUGCCACUAACGCUGGGGCAGGAGAGAUACACGUCAGUAUCAUGGGCCCAAAAGGUGCGUUCCGAGUCGAAAUGAUGCGUUCCAGCCAGAAGACAAAGGUGUUCCACUGUCGUUACAACCCUAUAGAACCGGGUGUAUACAACGUCAACGUAUUUUGGUCAGGUGUACACAUCAAGGAGAGCCCGUACACCGUUCUUCUUGGUGUAUCAGAAGCCGAUUUAGACCGCAUGGUCCUUGAGCGGAAGGCGUCCAUGUAUCCAGGUCCGCCCUCACAUCGAGGAUCUUAUAAGUACGUACCUGCUUCGGACGAAUCAGGUAUUAUGUAUUAA